AUGUCACCAGAAGAUGUUCAUAAACGCUGUAAACGAGAUAUGGACACAACAUCAAAUGAAGGUACUACACAAUCAUGCGCUUAUCCAAGUCUAACACAUAUUAUGUAUUUUAUUCAUCUAAUGCACCAUACUGAAGUUUUAACAUUAAAAAUUUCUCAGCAAGCUAAUGAAAUUCUGAUACGUACACAUAAUGAAUACAACAAUAUGGUUAUCGGUUUUCAAGGUUAUCAAGAUGUACUUUGUACUUUGUUUUCAAAAGCACGUGAUCAUUUAUAUUGUAUUUGUGGUUUAUUGCAUCUACUACAUCAAGCUUGUAUUUAUAUUUUACAAAUUCAACCACCAUUACAAUAUCUAAUAUUCGAUGAUGCUGCAGCAGAAUCGAUUCAAAAUAUAGUAAAAGUAGAGAAAAGAAACAUAGAUGAUUACCUUACUAUUUCACCUGACAUAGCAGAAACAACUGUUGAAUUAAUGAAGUUUUAUGUAAAUACUAAAAAGCUAUUAUACGGCUUUCCUUUGAUAACUAUACCACCAUCAGAACAAAUAAAUAUCGGUCCAUCAAUAUCACAACAUAUAAAUAUCAAUGAGCAAGAUACUGAAACAAAUAACUUUGCAUCUAAGAUUGCAAACAACGAUAACCAAAGUGUUCUCAGUACUUAUACCGCUUUCUCAACUUCAUCGUCAUCGACUUGUCCGUUCGAUGGUUCAACUGCUGAUGCAGUUAUCACAAAAAUACUCUUAUACCAGGGGUGUACAAUAUCUAGUGCACGAGUAGCUCAGAUUUUACGUCGUCCCAGAGUUACUAGUAAAAAAGUCAAAAAAAAUUUUACAUUCAUGGAAAAUUCUUCCUUAGGCAAGUACAUCAUUGAAAAACAAAGAAAGCAUGGUAAACCACGUGCAGUAUUUGUCAAAGACGAUCUUCCUCCUGACAGAGAGUCAGAUAAGUAUAGAAACAUGAUGGUUGUGCUCGAUGCACUGAACGUGACGGCUGAAGAAUAUACACAACAUCUCGAGAAUUUAUCAGAAAACUCGGCUAUUAUAACAAAUACCAAUGAUUUUCAAAGCAUUAAAGAAGAAUAA